AGCAACAAUAGUCACUACACGCUUCACACACACACUCACCGGGUCAGUCUAGCGCCGAAGAAGACUGAGAUCAUCAUCAUAGAACAAACGAUGGCUAAAACGACGUCGUUGCUUCUCUCUGCACUGUUCCUCUUUGGAACUCUAGCUCUUAUCCAGGCAAAGAAGUCGAAGGAGGAUUUGAAGGAAGUGACUCACAAGGUUUACUUUGAUGUUGAGAUUGAUGGAAAGGCUGCAGGUCGUGUUGUAAUAGGUCUUUAUGGCAAGACAGUUCCAAAAACUGCAGAAAACUUCCGAGCUCUUUGCACAGGGGAAAAGGGGACCGGUAAAAAUGGAAAGCCUCUUCAUUACAAAGGCAGCUCAUUCCACAGGAUUAUCCCUAGCUUUAUGAUCCAAGGAGGUGACUUUACACACGGCAAUGGAAUGGGCGGAGAAUCAAUUUACGGAGAGAAGUUUGCAGAUGAGAACUUCAAGUUAAAGCAUACUGGACCCGGACUUUUAUCAAUGGCAAAUGCUGGUCCUGAUACCAAUGGUUCACAAUUUUUCAUUACAACUGUAACAACUAGCUGGUUGGAUGGAAGGCAUGUUGUUUUUGGAAAGGUACUUUCUGGAAUGGACGUUGUUUACAAGAUUGAAGCUGAAGGAAAUCAAAGUGGAACUCCCAAGAGCAAGGUUGUGAUUGCUGACAGUGGUGAACUACCUCUAUAAAUGCACCCUCUCAUAUCUCAACCAGAAUUUGUUGAAGAUGUUCAACUUUUCAUUUCCAUUCUACCUACAGGACUAUUUAUCUUUUAUAAGCAUGUACUAAUAGGUCAACUGUUGGUUACGUCUUUAUGAUAUUUUAGAUGCAAUUUCUCCUUAAUGAUAAAAGACACAAAAUGGCAUUUGUUAACAUGAAAUUUGUAGAAGGAAACCCAAGUGAACAUGGCAGUCGGGUACAUGCAGCAA